AUGGCAGUGAUCCAGGCUCUCUUUUUUGCCGGCCUUGCGGCCGCUUUGCCUCAGGGCGGAUCUAUUCCUCCAUCACCCACUGGCGCCGACUGCUCCUUCCAUGUGGACCAUUGGGAUUGUGCUACACCGUGUGCCACUCGAACAAGCACUCAACUCCAGGUUGCAGCUACCAUCACCAACCUGCCUGAGUUUAUGGACUCGAUGAAUGCCCGGUACUCUACCUCGGGCGUCUCAUUUUCUGGAACUCGUGUAGUGGUCCACACUUCUCUUUAUAGCUUCCCAGGCGGCAGUUUCACUGGCUACGGCGUGUAUGACUCCAAUGCACUCCGCAGCGCUGGAUACAGCAUUGUGACGUCGCUCUCCGUCUUUACUACCUGUCCGACGGCUACACCAACGCUCCCGCCUUCGCCUACUGGCUCGCUAUGCAGCCCCCACGGAGAUCACUUUAAGUCUUUCUGA